AUGGCUUGCACUAAAGUUCAAAAGGUGCAGUUCGAUACUCAUAUGAUAUCAGAGGAGGCUGAAGACAAGUGGGAGAAUGCACGUCAGAGACUAAAGGUUGUUGAGGACGUGCGCAGUAAAAAGGAGAUCGAGUUCCUCAAGCUAAAGCAUGGAAAUAUGACAGUUGCUGAGUAUGUUGCUAAGUUCGAAGAGAUGUUGAAGUUUUGUCCACACUACAAUGGUGCGACUGUUGAGGGGUCGAAGUGUAUCAAGUUUGAAAAUGGAUUGUGUCCUGAGAUCAAGCAAGGCAUUCAAUAUCAGGAGAUUUGUCGAUUCCAUACGCUGGGGAAUAAAUGUAGGAUAUAUGAUGAGGAUAGCAGGGUCUGUUCUGCUCACUAUAAGAGCCUUAGUGAGAAUAAAAGGAAGAAUCAGUAUCGUGGAAAAUUGUAUAAUGCUCCAACUGAAAAAGGGAAGCAGAAGGCUUUAGAUGAGAAAAGAACAAGUGGGGGAGAGUCUCACUUAUAUCAAGUGCUUUAA